GAGGAGACAUUCGUUAAGUCUGUGUGGGAGUUUGCGUUUGGGGUUCAGGACUGCAGGGUGAGGAUCGGGGCUCAGAGACAAACAAACAACCGACCACAGGAUGAGGAGUCUAGUGCUACUUGUUUUGGCUUUUACCUCGGCCACUGCUAUAAGACAAAGAAGUCAGUUCACACGUUACCGAUCCUGGAACUCCCGGAUGUAUCCGGUGUGGAAAGAUGGAGACCAGAGAUUCAGAAACUGUUGGUCUGGUGGUGAAGUAACUUUUGAUCUGAAGAAUGACGCCCCCACCCUGACUGGAGCAAGAGCAACCUUCAAUAUUAAUCUAAAUUUCCCACCGAACCAGACAGUGCUCUCUGACGGACAGGUGGUCUGGGCGCAAAACUGCACCAUCGAUGGACAACAAUAUCAGCAGGGUCAGGCUGUGUAUCCAGACCAGGACCCCAACAUGAGUGGAGUUUUCCCUGACGGCACACAGUUCACCAGGAGCCAGAACAGGAAGCCCCGCUAUGUGUUUGUGUGGAAGACAUGGGGGCGUUACUGGCAGGUGGCAGAUGGACCUUCCUCCUCGCUCACCAUCGGCACAGACAACGUCCCUCUGGGCUCCUACAACAUGGAGGUCGUCAUCUAUCACUGCCGCGGCCAAGACAAGUUCAUCCCCCUUGGAUAUGCCUCCUCAGUCUUCACCAUCACAGACCAGGUUCCCUUCAGCAUAUCACUUGCCCAAGUCAAUGACGUAAACCAAGGCGACCAGAACUUCAUCCAGAACCAAGCCAUUGCCUUUACCGUCAACCUCCACGAUCCCAGCCAGUACCUGAACAACGCAGACAUCAGUUUCAGCUGGGACUUUGGUGACACCAGUGGAACUCUGAUCUCCAGAGAACGCACCGUCACACACACAUACCUGGCAGUUGGCUCCUUCAAACCUCAGGUGGUUCUGAUGGCAACCAUCCCCAAUGGCUGUGGAAACCCCACUGCUGUUGUUCCCAUUGAUGCCUCUGCUGUUCCGGCAGUAGUUGUGAUGCCCGCCACCCCUGCAGCUGUCCCUGCUGUACCAGCCGAAGGAGGAGAUGCUAUUGCUCUGGAUGUUCCUGCCUCUGAUGCCACUCCAGUUGCUGCCUCUGUGCAGCCUGCCGAUGCGGCCACAGACACAGAGGAUGGAGAAGCAGUCGUGGAUCCCAACGCAGAGGCUGUAGAGGUCGCCUCAGUGGCCCCUGCAGUAGAUGCAGCUGUGGUUCCAGCAGAACAAGACCCCGCCAACACUGCUGCUCCCGCUGCAGAAGGAGAUGUUGCUGCAGAGGAAACAGAAGCUGCAGCAGGAGAAGGAGCUGUUGUUGCCUCCAUUGCACCUGCAGCUGAAGAGCCAGCACAAGCUGAUAUAGAUGCUGCAGAUGACACAGCAGCAGUGACAGAUGUCGCUGCAGAAAACGUGGCUGUGAUUGAUGCCGCUGCUUCAGUUGCCCCUGUUGUGGAAGGAGAAGAAGUUGCAGUUGAGGUUGCCGACACUGUCACCGUUGCCCCUGUGGCAGAUGUAGCUGCAGAGGAAGAAGGCGAGGUGACUGCUGAUGCUGAUGCUGCUGCUGCUGAUGUUGCUGCUGAUGUUGCUGCUGCCGAUGCUGAUGUUGCUGCUGCCGAUGCUGGUGUUGAUGCUGCUGUUGAAGCUGCCGAAGCCACCGUAGAAGUUGUCCAAGCUGAAACAGAAGCCCCUGCUGAUAACAUUGUUGCUGCUGCUGCCACUGAACCCACAGCUGUAGAGGAGGCAGCAGCAGCAGUUGAUGCUGCAGCUGAUACUGAGGCUGAAAUAGUGGAAACCGAGAACGAAGUUGCAGCAACUGCAGCUGCUGCAGCAGGUGAAGAAGAGGCUGCUCCCGCUGAAGGUGAAGUUCAGGCUGAAGUGGAAGCUGAUCCAGCACAGGUUGCCCUCGUCGUGGCUAAAAGACAAGCACCGGAGCUGACGGCUGACUGCACGGUCUAUCGUUAUGGCUCCCUCGCCACAUCUAUAGAUGUUGUCCAGGGAAUUGAAAGUGUAGAGAUUGUCCAGAUGUUGAGUGUUGUAUCGAUGGCGACUGAGGUGGAGCAGAAUGCUGUGGACGUCACCAUUACCUGUCAGGGAAGUUUGCCCAGCGAGGUCUGCACUGUCAUAUCUGAUGCCGACUGUAUCACACCACUACAAACCAUCUGUAAUGCAGCCACACCCUCCCCAGACUGUCAGAUGAUCCUUCGUCAGUUCUUCAAUGACUCUGGAGUUUUCUGCCUCAAUGUCUCGCUGACUAAUGAUGUCAGUCUCGCUGUGGCAAGUGCAAGAGUCAAUGUAGCAUUAGCCUCCGGUGGUUCCCCAGCUGGAACUGCUGCUACAGUUCUGGGUGUUAUGGUUCUCGCCUGUGUCGUCUGCUGUGUUGGUUUGAUGUACAGGCGGUUCAAGCAAUACCAGCCGCUGAGAGAAGACCUUGCAGGAAACAGCAGCUCUGCAGUAACAUCAGUGCCUUUGCUGUUGUGGAACCUGCUGAGUCGACAGUCACCUGGGGAAAGUCGUCCACUGCUUCAGGGAAGGAUUGUGUGAAUAUUGUUUCCAGUUUAUGCAUUUAACAUUUGACACAUCCGCUAACAUACCAGCUUUAUACAUACAAUACUGUCUGUAGUGACACUGCCGCUCCCCGCCAUGAAACCAGAACUGAUUAUAUGAACCAGCCUCAUGAACAACAGAUGCUGCAACUGAGAGUCAGUUGUGUAAUAAAUGAAGGUGUAUUAAAAAUGUUGAAACUUUUGUAGAGAAAAGUGAUAUUUAUUUUGACCUAUACUAUUUUUAUUAAUUGGCACUGGUAGUUUAUAGAAGCCAUAACCUUUCAUUUGUGGCCUGCUUAUAUUAAACCAAUUGGAAAAUCAAUGUUAUCACAUUUCUCUUCAAUUUAUAAUGUAAUUUAAAUCGAGUUCAUCACAGAACAUUAUCAUGUUUGCUACCCUGAAAUAAAUAAAGUGGAACUUUAACACCC